AGCAGAUCGAAAAAAAAAGGGAAACGUUAGUGUGGAGAGGGGUGUGGGUAUCGCUGUUGUGUGGGUACAUCCAUCAUCUUUGCAGCCGCACGAAUUCUUUCUUUCUUCACGCGGUUGUUCACGAAGAAGGGUGCUUCGAGUAAAUUAAUUUUUGCCGCUUUUCUCUCCUCGUUCGGAGCACCAUGAUGGACAGCCCACGUGGACGCCCGGACCGCGAAGAGGUGCGCGUCUUCCAGAGCGCCUUGGAUAAGCGGACAGUCACCACCACCGUCUUCGCACAGCCCGCCUUCUACAUGGGACUCGUAAGUGCCCUUGCAAUGGUGUUCACACAGCGCUUCCCCGAGGAGUUUAUGCCACGCAAGUAUCUCACCAUGUCGUACAACGGCAUAAGAGCUCCCUCCCUCCUCACCAUUCCGUUUUGCGUGAUCAGCGGCAUUUACUUCUCUGUAGCAAGUGUUAUCACAACAGCGCCGAGUCCGCUGGUCGGGCAUCUUUUCGGCUACGGCGUGAGUCUCGGCGUGGGACUGACAAUGCUGUCGCUGCGCCGCAUCUCGUGGUACUACCCCCUUUUCGGUCUUAUGUACUUGUCCUUUGGAGGCCUGCAUCACUACAGGAAGAUGAUGGUGUACGGCGACAACGCACCGAUCUUUUACUGGUCCGACUUUGGCGAGAUUUCCCGCGACAUGCGGGCUCGGCGACGAGAGAAAAGGCAGCACCUGCAGCAGAAGGAAUCGCUGGCAAAGGGACGUGCUAUUGAAUGA